AUGGGAUACACCCUUUGUGUGCUAGGAUGUGGAACUAUGGGGGUCGCAAUCAUCUCCGGGGUGAUCAGUAGUUUGCAGUCCAGACAGAACACACAUCAGUUCCCCAAGUGGGAGUCACAUACGCCUGGCACAUCCACUCCCACAGCUGACUUUCCCGAUCCUUCUCUCCCCUCUUUUUUCAAUGCAACUGUGACAAGGCUUGAGAGUGCGCAAAAACUGCAAAAUACAUUUGGACUCUUGGGAGGUCUUGGUACUUCUGUGCAAGUACUUGUCGGCGAGAACCUUUCAGCUGUUCAACAAGCAGAUGUUGUCAUUCUAUGUUGCAAGCCUCAUCAGGCUCACGCUAUCCUGUCACAAAGUGGAAUGCAGGAAGCUCUGGUUGGCAAAUUACUCAUUAGCAUUCUCGCCGGUGUGACCAUAAACCAGCUUACUGGAUGGGUUCCCCCGACAACCAGGGUUGUCCGUGCAAUGCCCAAUACCCCAUGCAGGAUCCGGGAAGGUAUGACUGUCGUCAGCAACCUAUCACUAUCAGAGGAGACCGAGCUCGACCGAUCAAUUAUCUUGAAUAUUUUCUCGUCCAUUGGACGCUGUCGUUUUCUCGAGGAAAAACAUUUUGACGCAUGCACUGCGCUUUCUGGGUCUGGUCCCGCCUUUGCGUGUAUUUUCUUGGAGGCUAUGGCGGACGGUGGCGUCAUGAUGGGCCUCCCGCGGGCGGAAGCCCUCGAACUGGCUGCACAAACCCUGCAAGGCGCGGCACGGAUGGCUCUCCAAGCAGGAGCACAUCCAGCUCAAAUAAAGGACUCGGUCACAACUCCCGGCGGAUGCACGAUAGCGGGUCUCUUAGCCAUGGAAGAUGGAAGAAUUCGCUCAACCUAUCGCUCGUGCAAUUCAGAUCGCUACAGAAGCGCGCCAGCGAACUCGGACAGCCCGUGA